AUGAUGCCAGAAACAACGUCAACUAUCAUACCAGAAACAACUUCAACCAUCAUGCCUGACACAACGUCAACCAUCUCGCCAGAAACGACGUCAACCAUCAUGCCAGAAACAACGUCAACUAUCGUUCCAGAAACAACAUUACCCAUCGUACCAGAAACAACUUCAACCAUCAUGCCAGACACAACGUCAACCAUCAUGCCAGAAACAACGUCAACCGUCGUGCCAGAAACAACUUCAGCCAUCAUGCCAGAAACAACAUCAACUAUCAUGCCGGAAACAACUUCAACCAUCAUACCAGAAACAACGUCAACUGUCGUUCCAGAAACAACUUCAACCAUGAUGCCAGAAACAACGUCAACUAUCAUACCAGAAACAACUUCAACCAUCAUGCCAGAAACAACGUCAACCGUCGUGCCAGAAACAACGUCAACCGUCGUGCCAGAAACAACUUCAGCCAUCAUGCCAGAAACAACGUCAACUAUCAUGCCAGAAACAACGUCAACCAUCGUGCCAGAAACAACUUCAACCAUCAUGCCAGAAACAACGUCAACUAUCGUUCCAGAAACAACAUCACCCAUCGUGCCAGAAACGCCUUCAACCAUCGUGCCAGAGACAACAUCACCCAUUGUGCCAGACACCCCUUCUACCAUCGCGCCAGAAACAACGUCAACUAUCGUGCCAGAAACAACCUCAACUAUUGUACCAGAAUCAACUUCAACCAUCGCGCCAGAAACAACUGAGGGAAAUGACGUCAGAGUUCAAGCUAUGUCCGGAGUAAUGUUACGCGAGUGCCAGAAGCGUAGAGGAGUUUAUUAUUCCGGUGGAGCCAAUAAGAAAAACGGAAACUCGAAAAUGUUUCACUUUUCCACCAUGCUUAUGGGGGUUUAA